CCUGCAAUGCCGUUUGGCUGCGUGACGCUGGGGGACAAGAAAGAUUAUAACCAGCCGUCCGAGGUGACCGACAGAUAUGACCUGGGCCAGGUCAUCAAAACGGAGGAGUUCUGCGAAAUCUUCCGGGCGAAGGAGAAGACGUCGGGCAAGCUGUACACCUGCAAGAAGUUUCUGAAGCGGGACGGGCGCAAGGUGCGGAAGGCGGCCAAGAACGAGAUCAUCAUCCUCAAAAUGGUGAAGCACCCCAACAUCCUGCAGCUGGUGGACGUCUACAUCACCCGCAAGGAGUACUUCAUCUUCCUGGAGCUGGCCACAGGCCGGGAGGUCUUCGACUGGAUCCUGGACCAGGGCUACUACUCGGAGAAGGACACCAGCAACGUCAUCCGGCAGGUGCUGGAGGCCGUCGCCUACCUGCACUCGCUCAAGAUCGUGCACAGGAACCUCAAGCUGGAGAACCUGGUGUACUACAACCGCCUGAAGAACUCCAAGAUCGUCAUCAGCGACUUCCACCUGGCCAAGCUGGAGAAUGGCCUCAUCAAGGAGCCCUGCGGCACCCCCGAGUACCUGGCUCCGGAGGUGGUGGGGCGGCAGCGGUACGGGCGGCCGGUGGACUGCUGGGCUAUCGGCGUCAUCAUGUACAUCCUCCUCUCGGGGAACCCCCCGUUCUACGAGGAGGCGGACGAGGAUGACUACGAGAACCACGACAAGAACCUCUUCCGCAAAAUCCUGGCCGGGGACUACGAGUUCGACCCGCCCUACUGGGACGAUAUCUCGCAGGCGGCCAAGGAGCUGGUGACGCGGCUGAUGGAGGUAGAGCAGGACCAGCGGAUCACGGCAGAGGAGGCCAUCUCCCACGAGUGGAUCUCCGGCAACGCUGCCUCCGAUAAGAACAUCAAGGACGGCGUCUGCGCCCAGAUCGAGAAGAACUUUGCCAGGGCCAAGUGGAAGAAAGCCGUGAGGGUGACCACGCUCAUGAAGCGCCUGCGGGCGCCUGAGCAGACGGAGCCAGCCGCCGCCGCUGCUUCCACCGCCGCCGCCGCCACGGACGCCGCGGCCCCCCCGGCCCCCCCCACGCCGCCCGCCGCCACCAGCCCGGCCCCCGCCACGUGUAACGGGGACAGCGACGCCGCCGCCGAGGCCCCGAAGGAGCCGAGCGGCUGA